CCACGACCCCCCCGAGGGGGAAAAAAAAACCACGAGGGCAACAACAAAAAAACUUGCCCCGACAUAGGAGACUGGAUGCGCCGCGGCCCAGGCGCCAUGACACGCGCGUGGUGCAUGUUCGAGAUGGUGAAGGCGCUGGCCAAGCCAGCGCGGCUUCACGUCGUGCUGUCCCACGCCGAUGUCAACAGCUUCGAGGAGCUAUUGACGAAGCACUUCGAUGACAUCGCCGGCAUCGUCGCCGGCCUGGACGCGCGCAAAGCUCAGGUCAGCAAGCCCGAGGACCGUGACUACAUCCUCGGACAGGUGCGGAUGGUGGACGGUGGCCUCGGCACGGUCACUUCGACCGUCUGCUCCUCGCUGCGCGGUUGGUUGGCAGAGCAGGGGCGGAAGGUGUUGCAGAGCCAUCAUGAAGACAACGGAGAGCAGAACAUCAUCCGACUGAAACACAGGGUGGCCAAGCUACUGAAGGCCCAGGGGGACCUCGCCGGCGCCGAGCCGCUCCUCCGCGAGGCGUUGCAGGCUAGCCGCGAGGUCCUCGGCGACCGGCACCCCGACACGCUCACCUCGGUGAACGACCUGGCCAUGCGGCUGCAGGCCCAGGGGGACCUCGCCGGCGCCGAGCCGCUCCUCCGCGAGGCGUUGCAGGCUAACCCCUGGCCGCGAGGUCCUCGGCGACCGGCACCCCUUCACGCUCACCUCGGUGAACAACCUGGCCAUGCUGCUGAAGGCCCAGGGGGACCUCGCCGGCGCCGAGCCGCUCUUCCGCGAGGCGUUGCAGGCACGCCGCGAGGUCCUCAGCGACCGGCGCCCCAGGACGCUCACCUCGGUGAACAACCUGGCCAUGGUGCUGCAGGACCAGGGGACCUCGCCGGCGCCGAGCCGCUCCUCCGCGAGGCGUUGCAGGCGCGCCGCGAGGUCCUCGGCGACGGGCACCCCGACACGCUCACCUCGGCGAACAACCUGGCCAGGCUGCUGGAUGCCAAGGAAGGCAACUGAGGUCCUGCCACGCCGCUGGGGGCCGAGGGCGGCUCCGAGCCAGGCUGGCUGCCGCUACGCGCCCCUUCUCUAGCUCCUCCGCCUCCUCCUCCUCCUCCUCCUCCUCCUCCUCCUCCUCCUCCUUCUCCUCCUCC